AUGCCUGAGAGCCCUCCCAAUAAGGAAGCAGAGCCUCGCUCAGACCGUCCGUCCCCUGCUGAGCCCUAUGUUAGCUCUGACCAUGCCCAGCAUGUCCUGCAGACACUCAGGGUGUACCAGCUCAGUGGCACCCUCACGGACGUGGUCCUUCGGGCUGGUGACCGUGACUUUCCUUGUCAUCGCGCGGCUUUGUCAGCUGGUAGCACCUACUUCCGGGCUCUGUUUGCCGGUGGUGGACCCCAGGAGGAUGUGGUACCCCUUCCCCAGGCCUCCCCAGGAGUCCUGGGCCUGCUCCUGGAUCACCUCUAUGGGGCUGGUGUGAGCCUGUUGGAAGAGGAUGCAGCCGCCCUGUUGGCCCUGUCUGACCUGCUAGGAGUGAUUCCACUUCGGGAGGCCUGUGCCAACUUCCUGGAGGGCCGGCUUGGACCAGAGAAUUGCCUGGCUUUCCUCAGCCUGGCUCAGACCUUCUCCCUGCCCUCACUGGCAGAGGAGAGCCACCGGGUAGUAUGCCAGGCGUUUUCAGAAGUCUCCUUCCAGCCUGAGUUCCUGGAGCUGGAGCUGGCCCAGGUGGCCGAACUGCUGGCCGACGACAGCCUCGUGGUGGCUAGAGAGGAGACUGUGUUUGAGGCUGCCAUGCGCUGGGUGCGCCAUGACCCUCUUGCCCGACACAGACAGCUACCAUGCCUGCUAGAGCAGGUUCGGCUUCCCCUGCUGGCCCCAGCCUACUUCCUGGAGAAGGUAGAGGCCAAUGAGAUGAUUCGGGCUAACCGUGAGUGCCACCCACUUCUGCUGGAGGCUCGCCAGUGUUUCAUCCUCGGGAGGGAGGGCAGCUCAUGGAGAGCAACUCCCAGGAGGUUUAUGGAUCUGACCGAAGUGAUCAUGGUAGUUGGUGGCUGUGACAGAACCGGGCUCCUGACACUCCCCUUUGCUGGGGCCUAUCAUCCAUGGAGUCGCCAAUGGAAGUCGCUGCCUAGUGUGCCGGGCUGCACCAAAUCUGAGUUUGCCAUGUGCACCAUGAAGAACGAUGUCUACCUCUCAGGUGGCCAUAUCCACAGCCGUGACCUAUGGAUGUUCCGAUCUCAACUGCAAACUUGGGUCAGGGCAGCCUCCCUGCAUGAAGGCAGAUGGAGGCACAAAAUGGCUGUCGUGCAAGGGCGGCUCUAUGCAGUGGGAGGCUUUGAUGGUGUCCGCCGCCUGGGGAGUGUGGAGUGCUAUGACCCCUUCUCUAACACCUGGGCCCCUGUAGCCCCACUUCUGGAGGCUGUGAGUUCAGCAGCUGUGGUGCCCUGCAGCAAUAAGCUCUAUGUGAUUGGAGGUGCUGUGGACGACAGCUCCAACACAGACAAGGUACAGUGCUUUGAUCCUGGGGAAGACAAGUGGAGUCUCCUGUCUCCAGCCCCCUUCAAUCAAAGGUGCAUAGAAGCUGUGGCCCUGGAUGACAUCAUCUAUGUGGUGGGGGGUCUCCUGAGCAAGAUCUUCAGCUACAAUCCAGCCAGAGACCUCUGGGCAGAGGCAGCUUCUCUCCCCGGGCCCCUGGAGAGCUGUGGAGUGACCAUUUGCAGCAGGAGGAUCUAUGUCCUUGGUGGUCGGGACUCAAGAGGGGAGAGCACAGAUAAGACCUUUGCCUUUGACCCAUUUAGUGGGCGCUUGGAAGACCAACAGCCAUUGCAACGAUGCACCAGUGCCCACGGCUGUGUCACCAUCCUUCAGCACCUGGGACAGGGACAGACUGACCCCAAAGGGCAGGAUAGGCCCAGCUGAGCCCUUGGCUUCAGGAUAGAGAGACCUAGUUGUACAGCAGUCAAGGCCCAGGCCACCUAAGCCUUCUACUUCUAUUCUUCUGAGGUCUCUGCGUACAAAAAUCUGAUGAAAUUAUUUUCCCCUUUUCUUAGAGAAAUAAGACCCGAUUUUAGUUUCACUCAUUCAGACUGGCAAGUGUUAUUUCUGAUCAGAGACAGACCCUGUAGGAUUUCACUCCUUAAAAAACCUCCAAGAAAAGAGACUUGAUUCCUUUUAUCUUUAUAGUGUAUCUGAGCUGUUGUUAUAAAAUGUUUUAAAGUUCGUGAAAGGUUCUUC